AUGCGCAGCUCCCAGACGCAGAUGCAUGUGCCCCGAUGGCUGGGAAUGCCUUCGUCCCGUCCAUCCCCGCACUUUCGGGAAAGCUGUACGCACAGCCGUGCCACCGGCGCCGGAGGCCGGGAGCGGCAGCAGGACCAGCAGGAGGCCCAGGAGCGAGAGCAGGCGGAGGAGGGAGGAGGACGAGGCUUUUCUGCGGCCGCGGCUGCCCUUGCCAGGGGGGGGCCGAUGGGCGGAACCUCGGGUUCCAAGGGCGGCGUCGGCGCCAGCGCGGAGCCGCCGCGCCCGCGCUCUUUGCCCCGGGCGCGUGUUGGCCGCGGGGGCGAGGGGGGCGGGCGAGGCUGGGGGAGGGGGCGGCGGGAGGAGCAGAAGCAGAGUGGUGAAAAGCGAUCGGCUGUAGCCCUCGGUCGGCCAGCUGCGCUGCUGUGA